ACCACCACCACCGCCGCUGGACCGGCCCAGCCUACUCUGCCGCCGUCGCCUCACCUACCACGCCCCUGCGCUCCUUCCUAGGCGCGAGCCGGCGCGCUCACACCUCCGCGGCGCGAGAGAUUGCGAGUGUCGCUGCGCACCACCUGCGUCGAGCCUAGGCAGCGCUGGCAGCAGCGCCGGCCACGCUUGCUGCAGCGGCACUUCACACCACACAUCCGGCCAUGCGCGUGUACCGAGCGCACGAUGGCCGGCCGUUCGACGUCAAUCAGCCGCUCUCGGCCUUCGCAUCGCUGGAUGAUCUGCUGGAUGCGUUGUCGCUCGCAACGGCGAUCCCGACAGAUGCGCUCAUCUGCAUGACGGCGGCGGGUGCGCAGCUGAGCGCGGACGUGGUCGAGGGCUUCAAGGCCUCGUCCGAGGAGCAGCGCAGCGCGCUGGAGUUCUUUGUGUUCAAUCGCGACUUCCUCUACGCCGACCUGGACUCGCUCACGGAUGAGCUUGCCGAGGAGCUCCCGCUCCAGCCGGCCAUGCCAGAGCUCGAUCUUGCGCAUCCGCCAACGCCGCGCUCGCUGGUCGCUCUGCUGGCAUGGUCCAGCCACCUGCUGGACGUGCUGCGAGAGCACACCUCAUCUGCGCGCGAGCUGCAUGCGCACCUCACAGUCAUCCAACGCAGCACCACAGUCGCGCUGCUCAACCUGGUCUCGCACUCGGCUGCCGUGCGCGCCAGCUUCGCUGCGCUCGAGGAGCUGGCCGAGCGCGAGCUGGGUCGCAUGCGUGGUCUGCUCGACGGCCACGAGCGCGAUCUCAAGGCGCUCAGCCUCGUCAACAUCAACCCGCGCCUGCUGACCUCUGCCGAGGCGAGCAAGGCUGGCGUCGGCUCGGGCAAGCCGCCACCAAAGGAGCGCAUGCUUGGGCAUUACGUUCACGCAUCGAAGAUGGGCGCCGUCUUUGACGCUUGCUCAAAGGUGCAGCAGGAGAUGCAGCAGCGGCUCGAGGAGAUCCGCGGAUCUGCGGCGCAGCUGGCUGGCGACACUGAAGGGCUGCGGGCGGAGGUGGAGGGCACUCGGGUAGAUCCGUCGACUGAUACGCUCGACGAGGCAGAGCAGGCGCUGGCACGCGCAGAGACGCUCGAUCAGUAUCUCGUCUCGACUUGCUCGCCCGACGAGAACGGCUGGCCAGCGGCGGAUGCGCUCGGCGCAGACGACGAGGAGCUGGCGCAGGUGGAGCGGAGCGCCGAGGAGCUGCUCCUCCUUGACGAGGUCGGGCGCGACGACAUGCGGCGCCUCAACGCCGACAAGAACGACAUGAUGAGCCGGGCGCUGCACCUGCUCGGCGACAUCAGCAGCCUGCAGUCCGACUACGCCGAUCUCGGCGCCUCGAUUGCGGCACUCGAUGCCGACCUGCGCUCGUCGAAGAUCGACGGCUUCCGCCACCUGGCGCGCCUCAAGAACAUGAUCUGGGCCUACGGCGCCACCGUCGUCGAGGUCGUGCGCCGGCGCGAGUUUGCGCGCCACUUUAUGAACAAGGCACAGGCGCUGGCCGAGCUCAUGGCGAAGAUCUCCGCGGCUGAACGGCGGCGCCGCGACGAGUACAGAACAGAGGUGCUGGGCCAGCUGCCGUGGGAGGUGAAAGGGCUAGACGAGGCACCGCUGAGCCUCGAGAUCUCGACGUCGAAGGCGCCGAGCGGCGUGGCCGAGAUUGAGCGCGAGGACGUCGACGCGUUCUUCUCGCUCCUGGACGAGAUUGAUCGAGCACUGUCGGGUCCUGGCACAGACUCGCCCGGCGGACCGCUGCAAGAGGUCAAGGCUGCGCUGCAGCAGCUCAUGCUGCGCCUCGAUGAGGUCGAUGACGACUUUGCGCAGCUCGUGGACAUUGGCCUGCUGGGUCGUGGCCGCAGCAGCGAGGAGGAAGACAGCGAGGAGAACUCCGACAUCGACGGCCCCGGCCCGCGUCGCAUCGCUGGACGCCGGCGAGACCUGAACCACCAGGCCAAGCAAGCCGUCGCCGAAGCGGUGGCCAAGGCCGAGCGCAUCGACCAGGAGCUGCAGACUGUGCGACGCGAUGCCGAGGAGCGCGAGCAGCGCACGGCCGAGACGCACGACGCCGAACUGGCUGCGCUUCGAGCGGAGGCAGCGGGUCUACGCACCGAGGCACGCAUGAAGGCGGCAGAGCUCGACACGGUCCGGCUGGAGCGACAAGCGAGCGCGCGUGCCAUCGAGAGCCUCCGCGCCGAUGCUGAGACGGAGGCUGCACGGCGGCUCAACAUGGAGGAGGAGCUCGGCCGACUGCGUCUCGAUGCUGAGCUUGCUCGUCGGGCCGAGGCAGAGGCGCGCGCCGAGGCGACUGAAGAGAGCGAGCGCGUGGCUGAGCUCGAGGCACAUCUCGGCGACGCACAGCUCGAGCUUGAGGAGGCCAAAGCUGCUCGGCUCGAUGCAAGCAACCGCAUCGAAUCGCUUCUGGGCCAGGGCACCUCGACAGAGCGAGAGCUCAGCGCGGCACAGGAGCACAUCAACGACCUCGUCGCCCAGCUCGCCGCUGCCCGUGCCGAGACGCGUGAGACGCGCGACUUGCUCACAGAGGCCGAGAGUGCACGCGACAAGGCGCUGCGCACGUAUCGAGCCGAAGUCGACGGCGACCGCGCCAUCUUGGAGGAGACGAUCCGCCGCAAGGACGCCGAGCUGCACCGCGCGGCCAAGACGUCCGAGCAGGCGCAGACGGAGGCGGCUGUGCAGCGCGAGGCCGCCGACACACUGCGUGGCCAACUGCGCGCGGCAGAUGAGGCGCACGAGGAGAUGAUUCGGCAGGCGACCGAUGCCGAAGUCAGCCGCAGGCAUGCAGAGCGCACGCUCGACAACAUCGUCGGUCGCACUCGUCCGCUCCUGGCGAAGACCACUCAGCUGCGGCGCUUUGUGCGCGCCAUGCCGGCUCUCUCCUCGUCUUCCAAGAGCGGCGCGGCGGCCAAGGCCGCAGCAGCUGUCACUGUAGACGAAGCCGACAGCGCCCAAGAGGAGGCAGCGGAGGCGCAGCGCCAGGCGGCUCUCGAUGCGUUCGAGGCUGAUGUCAGCGGUGCGAGCCCCGAGGUCGUCCUCGAGGCGUUGCGCGCUCUCGAUGGCGGAGCAUCACAUCCUUUCGCGCACGACGAGGCUCGCACGAAGCUUGAGAGCCUCACGACGCUCGUGCGCAAGUGGCAGAAGGCCUACCGCUCGAGCUCCGACAAGCUCGCGCGCGCGACCGCCGCUGCAAGGGAGCGUAUCACCUUCCGCAACUUCGCCGCCGGCGACCUGGCGCUCUUUCUGCCGACGCGCAACACGUCGACCUCGGCUCGUCCGUGGGCGGCGUUCAACAUCUCGUUCCCGCAUUUCUUCCUCAAUGCCCGCGGUGCGCUGGCAAACCAGCUGCGCACGAAAGAGUGGAUCGUGGCGCGCAUCACGAGGAUCGAGGAGCGCAUCGCAACGAACGAAGGCGAGGACGGCAACCCCUUUCAGCUCGCCGAGGGCGUGCGCUACUAUCUGCUUGACGUCGACGGCUGGAACAAUCCUUCUUCCUCGGCGCUGGCGAAUGCCGCCUCUUCCGCCUCAACUGCGAUGUCACAGCUGCGACGCAGCACUAGUGUCUCCGUGGGCGACGGCCCGUCGAGCAGUGGCCCUGAGGCAUCUCUUGUCCCACAGUCGCCUGUGCCCGACGCCGCGCAGACCGGUUCGGCACCCGAGCUGCGCCGCGCCGGAAGCUUCCCGCAAGCAUCCCCGCCGCUUAUGCUCCGUAGCUCGGGCACGUCGGUGCCUGUCAGCGAGCGUGCGACGAUGGCGAGCAAGGGACGCCGACAGACGAGCGAAGGCAACCGCCUGCCCACCUCAGCGCGCAUCGACGAGGAGGUCGCGCCGCCGCCGAUGAGCCCCGAGAUCUCGCCCCCGGAUGCGCCGUCGCGCAAGAACAGCAGCGACCUCUCCGCCACCGUGGUGGGUGCUGUCCAGCCGCUGCCGAAGCGCAACGGCUCGGGCCCAGCCGUCACGCUCGCUGGUCUCUCACGGGCAACAUCGCCGUCUGGCAUCUCUCGCGCCUUCCGCGGCUCAGGCUCGCGUGGCACAUCGCCCGAGCAAAGUCGAUACGCGCCGGGCGCUAGCGGGCGGCCGUGGCCGAUGCCUUCUUCGCUCGGAAACGAGCCGCGCGGUCCCGGCGUGCUCGAGACUGCAGCGCCUGCCUUUGGACAAGGCAAGAGGCGCGCUGCGGCGGCGGACGCAGCGGGAUCGACGUCUGUGCCCUCCAGCGUCGGCGCAUCUGCAGUCGCCUCGUCUUCGACUUCGCCAUCGAAGCCCAUUUUCAUGCGCAGCAACCAGGCUCUGACCCCGGCCUCGGCUCUGAACCCCUUCUCGCAGAGUCCUGCACCCGGCAGCGUGCAGGGAGAAGCCGGCGGAGCGUCAGACUACUUCUCUCGAAGGCGCCGCGUGUCGCUGCUGGGACCGAGCCGCGAGGGGUCGAGCAGCACGCCAUCGGACGCAGCAGCUGGCGAGCGGCCUUUGGACAGCAGCACUUCGGCAGCAUCGCCCCGGCCGGUGCCUGGCAGCGUCUCGUCGCGCUCGAACCGCAUCAGCAUCAACGGCAACUCGCUCAUGCUCUCGCACGUCGGCGCCAGCUCGUCGAACCUGCUCUCCAGCAGCGCAGCGACGAGCUCGGGAGCCGGUGCUGCCAAGCUCUCACGCACGCCGACGCAGAGCUCGCCGGCGCUCGCCACUGCGGAUCUUACACCUGCGCUCGGUGAGACGAGCCUGGCAGCCCGCUCGCCAUCGGCAGAUGACAAAGCCGCGAGCGUCGGCGGAGCUUCCUCGGUCAGUGGCGGCGCUGGCAGCUCGGCGUUCUCCACGCGGACCGGCCCUGGGACCAGUCCGCUGCGCAGUGCCACACUCGGCCGCUCCACAAUCCGACCAUCGGUGUCCACCGCCCUGUCGGACCCUGUCGGCACGCCGCCGCGCUUCGGCCUGACGUGGGGCCGCAAGGCCGCGGCUACCAGUAUCCGCCGGCGCGACACAUCAGACGCAGGCGCGUCAGAGUCAUUCGUGGGCAGCGAGGGCAGCCAGGCCUCCUCUGCGUCUGUGGCGUUGCGGCGCCUGGCUACCGCGCGCCGAGACGCCGCGUGAGAGACGGCCACGCACAGCACACAAUGCAUCCUUGUCACUGU